AUGCAGUCUAAUCUAGGCGGACCAGGCAGCAAUGGUCAGCGCCCUAAUCUGCGCAUCGCACACAGAAGGACACCCUCCGAACUCACACCGCUCAUGAUGGAGCAGUACGCUAUCCAGCAGCAGAUCGAAGCACUCCAGGCACAGCAGGCCAUGCUGCAGAAUCAACAGGCAGGCCUCGCUGCAAUGGGCCCACCCCAGCCAGCACAGCAACACUACAACUACCCUCCACCCGCUCAGCAAAACGCAGGACAUCGACGUGGCCAGUCGAUGAGCAUGCAGCAGCACCCGGGACCCCCGCCUGCGCCGAGUGCUGGUGCCUCGGGCUUCACUGAAGUCACACGUCGUGGUUCACAGGGCAGUCAUGCACGCAGACACUCUCUUGCUCUACCGGAAGCCAAACGCGCUGCUGAAAAAGCACAAGCCAUCAAGCAAAAUCCGGGCUUUGCCUUUCCCUCUGGUUCUGGCACUGGUAGUCAGGAUGCCGGUCAAAACCAAGCCGUCACGUCGUCUUCAUCCUCUUCGCCACCGCAUCGCAGUACGAGUCCUCGACGUGGAACACAUCUUCGCUCUCAGAGUAUGGCUUUGCGUCAAGCCUCGCCUGUGCGGGGCUUUCAAUUUCCUUCCUCCUCGAGCAGCGCCAAUGAAGCGGCACUCGGUCGAUCCGGCAGCGGCGGCCAUAGUCGCAACCCAUCACGCAACGUUGAUGGCAACUGGCGUCAAGGACCCCCUGCACAAAAUGAUGUGCCACCUAUCCCUUACUUCACACCGGGUCAUCGUGCUCGAGCAAGCAUGUCCAGCAGUGUUUCGUCAUUGCAGCAAUUUGGACAGCAAUUUGGAUUUCCUGGACCCUCGAUGCAUGGCGGAUUGCCUAUGAUGCCCAUGGGCGGUGGCUUGAUGCCUGCACAGAUGAUGCAGCAGCAAGCACAACAGCAACAAGCUGCUCAACAACAACACGGUGUCCAGCAGCGCAAAUCGCUCUUCUCGCCAUACCUGCCACAAGCCACGUUGCCUGUCUUGUUGAGCGAUGGCCGUCUUGUUGCUGGUAUCUUGCGUGUCAACAAGAAGAACAGGUCAGACGCGUACGUAACGACAGAUUUACUCGAUCAAGACAUCUUCAUCUGCGGCUCCAAGGACCGUAAUCGUGGUCUUGAAGGUGACUAUGUCGCUGUCGAACUCCUCGACGUCGAUGAAGUGUGGUCUGCAAAGCGUGACAAGGAAGAAAAAAAGAAGCGCAAAGAUGGCGGCAUGUCCGGAGGUGGUCUGCGUCGUCAAGGCAGUAUCCGCGAUCGACCUGAAGCCAAGAAGAAGGACGACGUUGAGGUUGAAGGACAAGGCUUGUUGCUCGUGGACGAGGAAGAAGUCAAUGAUGAGCAAAAGCCCAUGUAUGCCGGUCACAUUGUUGCCGUGAUUGAACGAACAGCCGGACAAAUGUUUUCUGGUACGCUUGGUGUCUUGCGUCCAAGCAGUGCUGCGACAAAGGAAAAGCAAGAUGCUGAACGUCGCGAGCGUGAUCCAUCAGCAACGAGCCGACCCGCAGAACGUCCCAAGAUUGUUUGGUUCAAACCAACCGAUAAGCGUGUUCCUCUCAUUGCCAUUCCCACAGAGCAAGCGCCGCGCGACUUUUGCGAAAAUGAGGAAAAGUACAAGAACCGCAUAUUCGUUGCUUGCAUCAAGCGCUGGCCCAUCACAUCUCUGCAUCCAUUUGGAACACUCGUUGAAGAACUCGGCGUUAUGGGCGAUGUAUCCGUUGAGACGGAGGCGCUCUUGCGCGACAAUUCCUUCAUGGCGGAGCCCUUCACUUCGGCCGUUCUCGAUGCCGUUCAACAGUUGCCGGAUGACAUUGACAUGGAUGGCGAGGGUCGCAAGGACUUUAGAGGCGAACGUGCCAUGUCCAUUGAAGCGGAUGCCAAUCAAGACAUUGCUUCGGCAUUCCACAUUCGCAAAACACACGAAGGCUACGAAGUUGGCGUACAUAUCGCUGAUAUGGCGCAUUUCGUCCGCUCAGGCUAUGCACUCGACAGAGAGGCCAAGAAGCGUGGAUGCGCCGUCCAUCUCGUUGAACGUCUCAUUCCAAUGCUCCCAUCGACUCUGACACAUGACAAGGCUUCCCUUCUGAACGAAGCUGACCGACGCGCUAUUUCCAUUGUUUUCAAAGUCUCUGAAUCUAUGGAGCUCGAGGAUUCAUGGAUUGGCAAGUCUGUCAUUCGCAGUACUGCCGCGUUGACGUUUGAGCAAGUCGACAAGGCACUGGCAGGUGAAGGUGACGAAGAAGUGACAGAAGACUUGGCUGCCCUCAAGCAAGUGGCUGCCUCUCUCCAGCGCCUGCGUCUUGGCAAGAGCAGCGAUGUGCUGAGCUCACUCACCCUUUGCAGCCAGCUCGACUCUGAAGCAAGCAAUCCAUCACCCGUCUCGGCUGAUGUGUAUGAUAUGCAGCCAGCACGCUCCAUGAAGGAUGAAUUGCUGAUUCGUGCAAAUGCCACCGUUGCUGCAACAUUGCUCGACAAACACCCGGAUGUUGCAUUCUUGAGAAAGCAACAAACGCCGCAGCCAAAGAAGCUAGAGCAAUUUGUGCAGCGCGCUGCAAGGCUCGGUCUAAAGCUGGAAGCACGCGAUAUGUCAUCCAUUCUCAACGGCAUUGCAGACGUCAGCGACCCAGCAGUGCGCAAAGCCCUCGAGAUUUUCCUCAUCAAGGCGUGUCAGUCGCCAAAGUAUAUCGUUGCCGGUGGUGACACAAAGCAUUAUGGCUAUAAUCUGCCGCUGUAUUGUCAUUUCACCAAUCCUUUCAAUCGCUAUGCUGACUUGCUAACGCAUCGUCAAUUGUACGCGGCACUGGAUGAUGAGCCAUACAACGAGGAUGCUGAAGCAUUGCUCAAAUCAGCCGAGCACUGCAACACCAAGAAGGAUGCUGCUAAAAAUGCGCAAGACCAAUCAGUACACCUCAUGCUGUGUUCUAUGGUCGACAAGCUCUCUGCUGAAGGUUCAGUCAUUCGUCAGGCGGUGGUUAUUAAUGUAAUGGACUCGAGCUUUGACAUUCUGCUACCUGAGUUUGGUGUGGAGAAGCGUGUGCAUCUCGAUCAGCUGCCUCUGCACAAGGCUGAGUUUGACAGCAAGUCGCGAAAGCUCGAGCUCUACUGGAUGAAGGGCGUCGAUUCAGCGACUUUUAUUCCGGCAGACCAACAGGGCAAGCCCCAAGUGCAUAUGCGUGGAACAACAGCUACAGAGGAGAAGUUGUUGACGCAAAAGAUGCAGGAGCUGUCGAGCCUGACGAUUGAUGAUGAAGAGGCUCUCUUCAAGACGGCUCAAGCUGGAUCAAGCAAGAGCGUGCCCUCUUCGUCGCCGCCACGUCGAUCAACCGAGGAAGAGCGCCCGGCGUCUUCUGAUCCGACAAUCGGCACGGGGCACUCCAAGGCGACGCCAGCCUUUUCAUUUGAGGACCUCGAAAGAAGGGAGACUGGCGACGUGGUGCAGCACAUCAAGGAACUGGCGCGUGUGCCGGUUGUGUUGCAGGCAGACUGUUUGUUCAAGAGCCCGCCGCUGCUUCUUGUGCGUGCCAUCAACCCGUUCACGAAGGAAUGA